CUUGAUUCUUCCACAGGCGAAAUUACACACACAAUCACUUGCCAAGCAACACUUUUUUUUUCACCGGCCGAAAGAAAUGUCAUCCAUCUUCCUUUGUAACAUGCUCUCGACCACCACCAUCACACAAUUGCAAACAAGCAAUCUCAAUCAUUCUCAAACAAGCAAUACUUGAUUUCAGUCAAAUCAAUAUCCUGUUCUUGAGGCUGGCCUUGAACAGGAGAAGAAGUUAGGGACGGUGAAAAAAGGAGUUACUCUUCGCUUUCAUCAUGUCUUCUCUACCAUACGUCCGAAGAGACGAAGCUGACCCUUCUUCUAUACCAUUGGAUAGCUUACGUGCUCCAAAUGCGCCAGGCAUGCAAUCUCAAUCCAGCUUCGAUUCAGCCACCUCAAAUCCCAAUCCUCCCGCUCAUCAUAUUCAUCAGCAUGGUCCAAUGAAUCCACAUUUCUAUGAAGGCAUUCAACCAGGAUAUGAAGGUGAUCAAUCAUACGAAAAUAGUGGACAUCAGAGAGGAAAGGAUUCCAAAGGUUCCGUUCAAUACGACACUCUCGUCGAUAAAGAUAAAAAUCCAUACUUGACGGAAAAGUAUACACACUCUCAAAACGAUUAUCCGCCACAACAAGGUAAAUCCAGUAGUCAUCAUCAUCAUUACAGCCAUCAUCACUUGAACGACGAAGGAGAAGAAUGGGACAGUUCAGGCGAUGAGACGGAUGAUUUCGAUUGGAAUACAGACGAUUCCGAUGAUGAGGAAGAAGAGAUCGAUAACAAAGGAAAACGUGUCAUCCGUGCAAAACGUGGUCGUAGAGUAUGGCUUUGGCUUAUGCGUCUAGCACGUCCAGUUCGCGUUUUUGUCUUUGGUCUGUUCGGAACAGCAAUCGCCAUGGUACCUUUUAUCGUCACAACUGCUGCUUUUAAGAACAAUCCUGUUCGUGUGCAAGUACAAACAUGGUCAAUCUGGAUCGCUAUUAUUUGGGCUGCAGCUUGUGGUACGUUUUUAGUCCUGGACUGGUUCCCUCCGCUUGUCUUGAAGCUUGGUGUGGCGUUCUACGGUAAAGCUCCUCCAGCUUUCAAGACAUAUGUUGAAGUAUUUAUCGCAAUCAUGAUUUGGAUCAAACUGGUUUUAUGCAUCACAUGGGCAUGGAUUUCUUUGGGCGGUAUUUUAGCCGUUCAAUUCACAAGUCAGCCUCGUCCAGCAUACUUUAAAUGGAUCCUUCUCACGAUCAAAGCACUUUUUGCCUCGGGCAUCGUUCUCACAGCAGAAAAAUUUGCACUUCAAUUAGUCGCUAUCAAUUUCCACAAAGUGUCUCUCAAAGAACGCCUUGAAACAAAUCAAUCUGCUCUCAAAGCGCUAGAUCGCUUAGCCGAUAGCAAAUACCUCGCCAGUGGUAAGAAUAGCAAGCGAAACACAGGUAUUUGGGGACAAAAGUUCGGUUUUGGAAGUCGACCACAAUCACCAGGUGCGAAUGUAGCUCUAGGUCAUCAUAAGAACGCUUCUCAGUCUGGGGGCUAUUUCGGAAACAGUGCUGCACGGGAUGGAUCUCCAUUGCAAGAACAGCAGGUGGCCGACGAUUCAGGUACACCAAAAGAAAAGAAGGGUACCAGAACGCCAAAGCAGCUUAAUGAGAAGGAAAUGCGCAGACAAAACUUUGCUUCUCAAUUGACGGACGCCUUGCAAACUGCAACAAUGAAAGAUUCAAAGUUGUACAGAAACAAGCGAAUGCUUUCUGCUCGUCGGUUGGCAAAGAAGCUUUUCACAGCUGUUGGACAUCAUCGUACUACUUUGGUUGCUGAGGACUUCGAGCCCUUUUUUGAUUCUUCUGAAGAGGCACGUGAAGCCUUCAAGCAUUUUGAUGCAGACGGUAAUGGAGAUGUGAGCAAGCAAGAAUUCCGUGAUGGCGUGCAGAGAAUCUUCAGAGAGCGUCGUGCAUUGGCAACUUCCCUCAAAGAUGCAAGUUCGGCUGUUCAGAAGUUGGACGGUGUUCUUUUGGGUAUUGCUUUAAUUAUUAUGAUCUUCAUUUGGCUUUUGAUUUUCAACGGCAACAACACAGUUGCAAACAUUGCUCCUCUUUCGACGUUUGUUGUUGGUUUUUCGUUCAUUUUUGGAAACAGUGCCAAGACUUUGUUCGAAUCAAUGGUCUUCAUCUUUGCCACACACCCUUACGAUGUUGGAGAUUUGGUUUGCGUCGAUGAAAACUUUAUGUUUGUCGUCGAAUUCGGCUUGAUCAGUACAACCUUCCGUACUGUUAUGAACGAAACAAUUGUUGCUCCAAACGCUUUGCUCAGUUCGCAAAAGAUGAUUUUCAACUGUCGUAGAUCAGGUAAUCAAUGGGAAGUUACUAGCGUUCAAGUCGGAUACGAUUCUACUUUGUUGGAAAUGAUUGAUGAAUUACGUUCACGCAUGCGUGCAUACGUAAAAGAGCAUGAUCGUGAAUGGGGUGGCGGUAUGGAAAUCAAUUUGAACGCGAUUGAAACGGAAACAAAUUCGAUCGAAUUGACUGUGGCAAUGGAGCACAAAGGUAAUUGGCAAGAUUGGGGACAACGUUGGACUCGAAGAACGCAAUUGAUGCGUCAACUUAAAGAUGAAUUGGAAAAUUUGGGAAUCACUUAUCAAUUACCCAAACAACCUGUUUCUUUUACACUAAGACCUGGACAAUCUCCACAUGUACCAAGAGGACCUCAAAUGCCUUCUGCGGGAGGAUCGAACAAUACUUUCUUACCCGUCGGAGGUGUAGGAAAAGUACAAUUAACAAAAGCUGAUCAAUUGGCAGCUUUGAAGAAGAAGUGAUUGUGUUUCUCACCAUUUUGUCAAUUAGGUUGAUCCUAUAUUGUCAGAAUGCUAUUCACGCACACUCACUCUCUCUCUUUUAAACUUACACACAUAUAUACAGCAUUCAUACUAAAUUAAUCAGACAUCACGCACGCAUCCCUCAAGGAUGUACUCUAAACCCUUUCAGCACUUUCCC